GCCAAACAAGACCAGGUCAAUCAAAAAACCUGGUCUUCCGCUCAAACCGAGAUCCUUAAGCAACGCGGAGAAGGAACAAACUAGCCCAGUUAUUAUUUCCUUCAUCCCUUCCCACCUCGCCUUCCCCCAAAAUCCCAUAAUCCCAAUCCCCUUUGCUUUCUCCCCCAAUUACACCACAGAAAUCCACAAGCAAAGAAAUUAAAGGAGCCCAAACUUCAAAUUCUUCCUCAUGGAUUCCGCCUCCACCGCCGUCAUCAACCCCCUCUUCUGCACCCCUUACCCCAUUGACCUCGCAUUCACGACAAAGCCUCCAGGACACAAAAAGAGCGGCCCGCUCGCCGCCGUUGAUGCCGCCGGUAACGUUCUCUUCAGAGCCCAAGAUUCCUCUUGGGGCGGUUUCACCCAGCUCAGCGAUGCCGCCGGGCAUACCAUACUCACCAUGAAAGCAAAGUUUCGCACCAUGCACCAUAGAUGGCAAGCGUUCAGAGGGGAAAGCACGGAGGGGACAGAUCUUUUGUUCACCUUAAGAAGAAGCUCUGCUUUCCAGCUUCAUGACGAGUGGUUCGUCUUCCUUGCAGCCAACGCAAAAGAAGAAAACUGCGAUUUUAAGAUAGUAGGAAGUUACAGCAAGAAAAAUUACACCAUUUAUAAAGGAGACUCAUCCUUUGUUGUAGCUCAGCUUAGUAAAGAGCAUAAACUGAAUUUGGAGCUGGAGAAGCACGCAUUUGGAGCAACGAUAACAGCGAACUGUGAUUAUUCUUUUGUUGUAGCUCUGAUUGCAAUAUUUCAUGUGGUUUAUGCUAUUGAUGCUACCAUGAAUGCUGUUAUCAUUGGAGCAACAGUAGGAGCAGCGAGCAGCUAAGCUUGGAAGCUGAAAUUUUGACAUUUCUAUCAGUACUGUAAAUUUACUCGGAUUAUUGAUUGAAAAGGCUGUUCUGCUUUAAA